AUGCCCUUGCGCCGCCGUUCCGGCCGCGCCAUCGCCGCCGCGCCAGGCGGCUUCCUCCACCUCUCCCUUCUCGCCUCCCUCCGCCGCCGCCCCUCGCUCCAGGCGCACGCGCAACUCCUGCUCCUGGGCCUCCCGCUGCCCCCCGCCGCGGCCUCCCGCCUCCUCCGCCCGCACCUCCGCGCCGGCCACCCGCUCGCCUCGCUCCGCCUCUUCCUCCGCAUGCUCCGCGACCACCAGCCCGCCCCAAUCGUCCGCACCGCUUCCCAAGAGGAGGAGACCGUCCCCGACUCCCGCUCCCUCUCCGCAGCUCUCGCGGCCUGCUCCCGCCUCGAGUUCCCUUCCGCCGGCUUCUGCACCCACGCCUUCCUCCUCAAGUCGGGAUUCGCCUCCGACAUCUUCGCCGCGAACUCGCUCCUCCAUUUCUACGCCUCGUUCGGUCUCCACGCCCUCGCGCGCAGGCUGUUCGACGAAAUGCCGGCGAGGGACACCGUGUCGUUCAACACCCUGAUCGCUUCGUACGUGCAGUCGGGAUGCGUUGAACGCGCGUUGCGGAUGUUCAGGAACAUGGUAGAGGGAGGGUUCCGGCUGGACGAGUGGACCAUCACGGCGUUGCUGGGCGCCUGUGCUGGGCUAGGUGAUUUGAUGGUGGCCAAAGCUGCGCAUGGGUUUGCCAGCAGGGCAUUGAGGCAUACAUUGUUCGACUCUGCAGAGGUGGUAAUUGGGUUAGUGGACAUGUAUGUUAAGUGCGGUGCAGUGCAGCUCGCCAGGAAGGUGUUUAAUUUGUCUGGGGAGAAGGCGAAGGACGCAAGGGUUUGGAGUGUGAUAGUGUCAGGGUAUGCAAGGGCUGGUGAUAUCGACAUGGCUCGGAAGUUGUUUGAUGAGUUGCCCAAUAAGGAUUUGGUUGCGUGGACAGUUUUGAUCGGUGGAUAUGUGCAGGCAGGUAGAUACAAGGAGGCACUUCUGUUGUUUGAGGAGAUGGAAGCAACAGGACUUGAGGCUGAUGAGGUGACAGUCGUCACCGUGCUUUCAGCUUGUGUCCAGCAUGGUGCGAUUGGUCUAGCAAAGAGGCUCCAUCGUCGUGUGAACCAGAAUGGAUUGGUUAGCCGAAAUGCAACAGUUGCCACCAGCUUCGUGCACAUAUAUGCAAAGCAUGGGUGCAUACAGACAGCUAUGGAUGUGUUUCGUGGAGUCGCUGAUGAAUUCAAGACUGUGGAGUUGUUUAAUGCUAUGGUACAUGGACUCGCUCACCAUGGUCAUGGUGAGAAAGCUAUCUCACUUUUUGAUGAAAUGGAAACCCUGGGGCUCCAACCUGAUGACAUCACAUUUGUGGGAGUCCUGUGCGCAUGCAGUCACAGUAACUUGGUCGAACAAGGGUGUAAGAUGUUCUCAUCAAUGUCGGACAAGUACGGUGUCAAACCAAAUGUCAAGCAUCACACUUGCAUGGCUGAUCUCCUUGGAAGAGCUGGACAGAUCGACGACGCUUACAGCUUUAUCCAGAAUAUGCCUUUCCAAGCAAAUCUUGUGGUAUGGUCAUCUCUUCUGACAGCAUGCAAGAUCCAUGGAAAUAACAAGAUUAAGAAUCUUGUAGAGAGGCAAAUUCUCAGGUUAGAUGCUACAUACAAGCCUGAAAAGCUAACCUUAUCUGGCUUAUUUUCUGAUAAGAAGAGGAAAGAGCUAUCUGCGAGGGGACAAUGCAAGGCUGGUGGCUCUUCAAAGACUUACGUUCUGAAGCUGGACAUGCACUGCCAAUGCAACGGCUGUGUCAAGAAGAUCAAGGACGGGGUGAAGGAGAUCGGCAUUUCACAAGCUACAGGGGUGGAGCGAGCUGAUGUUUCAGCAGAGACGGGAGAGGUGAAGGUGAGAGUGACGGGUGGAAUGGACAUGGACCCAGAGAAGCUCUGCUGCCUGCUGCAGGAGGCAACCAAGAAGAAGUGUGUGAGGAUAGUACUCGAAGAAGAGAGCGUCCCAUCGCCAGGACCACGACUCAUUGGAAGGCCUGGGCAAACCAAGAACACCUCUAUGUCUGGUCAGUGUAACGAUCGGGCCAACAGCAACCCACAGUCCAUUGGACUGGCACCAAGAAAACAAUGGUAUUAUACUAGUGCAAAGUGGGGUGAAGCCGUGAAGGGUGAAGUGACACGGAAGCUGGGUGUAGCAUGUCAACCACGCAAGGCAAAGGGGAAAAACGACCCGGAAAAGGCCAAUUUGUGUAGUCUUGAGUCUUCGGCAGUUAGCUGCUGCCUGGUCCCUGAUCUGGUCUACUCUUGGUCCUGCACUCGUGCUCUUGCAUUGCUGAGAUGGGAUGGGAAGAAAGGGACGCGAAGAGGAAAGGAAGAAGAGGGAAUUGAAGUUGAGGAUGGAGGGGAGCAGGCGGUGGAAGAGAUAGUGGAUGGAGUCGAUGGCUUUAGUAAAAAAAAUAAAGGCACUUUAUAUAUGGGGUGGACAUGGCAUAGAUGGGCUCUUAGUAUACCUCCUAGUAAUCGGUCUGGGCAGGGGGACUGUCCCAUACAUGACCCGAGCAAAAGGUGGCCUAAGCAUGUAAGGUGCCAAGCUGACCGGUGUUUUUGGGAUGAGGCUGCUAACACCGCCUGUUACUUGAUCAACCGGUCACCUUCUAUCCCACUUAAUAAGAAAACUCCCAUUGAGGUAUGGUCUGGUAUGCCUGCUGAUUAUUCACAGUUGAGAGUUUUCGGUUGCACAGUUUAUGCUCAUGUUGAUAAUGGAAAGCUAGAACCUAGAGCCAUUAAGUGUCUGUUUCUGGGUUAUGCUUCUGGAGUUAAAGGAUAUAAGUUAUGGAAUCCUAAAACUAAAAAGACUUUCAUGAGCAGGAACAUUGUUUUCAAUGACUCUGUUAUGUUUAAUGACAGCUUGUCCACAGAUGUUUCACUAGUUGGUUCUGAUGAGGAGCAGGAAUAUGUUAGUGUGCAGCCUCAAAAUCAGUCUAUUGCAGAUCGCAGAACAGAGAGGAGUUGUGGACCUCGUCCACGUUUAAUUGAGGAAUGUGAUAUUGUUCAUUAUGCCUUUAGUUGUGCUGAACAGGAUGAGAACAUUCAUGAGCCGGCUACAUACACUGAAGCUGUUGUUUCUGGUGAUCCUUUACAAUGUGCUAGUACGGAUGAGGAUUUUGAGUACAUGUCAAGAGUUUCAUAUUCUAGUGUUGUUGGUUCUUUGAUGUAUGCCAUGGUUUGCUCUCGUCCUGAUUUAUCAUAUGCUAUGAGUUUGGUUAGUAGAUACAUGGCUAAUCCUGGUAAAUAA